AUGAUGAUUCUCUUGAUUGUCUUGUUCCUAACGCUGGCUCUCUUGUUCUUCUGGAGAGUAGCAAGAGGGAAGCUGGACUCCAAGCUCAACUAUCCCAGGAGCCUUCCCUCCCUGCCAAUCAUUGGCAGCCUGUUGCAUUUAGGUGGCUCCAAGCAGCCCCAUCUCUUAUUUUGCAGUCUGCAGCAAAAAUACGGUAGUGUCUUCUCCCUAUACAUGGGUUCCCAUUACACAGUAGUGAUCAACGAUUACCUUCAUGCCAAGGAAGUGCUACUUAAGAAGGGGAAGAUCUUUGCUGGGAGACCUCGAAUGGUUACUACAGACUUGUUGACCCGGAAUGGAAAAGACAUUGCCUUUGCUACUUAUAGCCCAAUGUGGAAAUUUCAGCGCAAGAUAGUACAUUCUUCCCUUUCUCUGUUUGGUGAAGGAUCUGAGGCUCUGGAGAAAACUAUCUCUCAACAAGCAACUUUUCUGUGUGCAACUUUGAAUGCUACAGAGAAUUCAUCUUUGGACAUGGGGCCUGAACUAACACGUGCUGUUACAAAUGUAGUGUGUUCCCUUUGUUUUAAUACAUCCUACCAGCCUGGAGAUCCUGAGUUUGAGGCCAUGCUCCAAUACAGCCAAGGCAUUGUGGACACUGUGGCUAAGCAGGGCAUGGUGGAUAUUUUCUCAUGGCUUCAGUAUUUCCCAAAUAAAGAUUUGGCUUUGCUGAAGAAAUGUAUUGAAAUGAGGGACGAGCUCUUAUACCAGAAGUUUGAGAAACAUAAAGAAAUGUUCAGCAGUGAUUCUGUUAAUGAUCUAAUGGAUGCACUUCUGAGGGCCAAAUUGAACAUGGAGAACAACAAUAAACAUAUAUUUUGUGAACAAGAACUAACAGAUGACUACCUACUCAUGACAGUGGCUGAUGUUUUUGGAGCUGGUGUGGAGACUACAACAACUGUGUUGAAAUGGAUUGUGCUCUAUCUCCUAUCUUACCCAGAGGUACAACAGAAGAUCCAAGAGGAACUGGAUCAGAAAGUUGGUUUUAAUAGACAUCCUGUACUUGCUGAUCGACAGCAUUUAAAUUACCUGGAGGCUACCAUUAGUGAAGUUCUGCGUAUUCGCCCGGUUGCACCACUUCUUAUCCCUCAUGAGGCACUGGCAGAUACAAGCAUCGGGGAAUAUCAUAUCCCCAAGGGAACUGAAGUUGUAAUCAACCUGUGGUCCAUUCACCAUGAUGAGAAAGAGUGGGAUGAGCCAGAGAAAUUUAACCCAGAUCGUUUUCUGGAUGAGAAUGGGAACCGGAUCUACUCUCCCUCACCCAGUUUCCUCCCCUUUGGGGCUGGUAUCCGUGUUUGCCUGGGAGAAACCCUGGCCAAGAUGGAGCUGUUUCUCUUUAUAUCCUGGAUCUUGCAAAAAUUCUCACUCAGUAUUCCUGAGGGAGAUACACUGCCUGAACCAGAGGGUAAAUUUGGAGUUGUGCUUCAAGUACCAAAAUACAGAGUAAAGGCUACUUUGCGAGAACCUUGGAAAGAAAAAGUAAUAGAGAAAUAAUACUUUCUGAGUCUCAAAUAAUCUAAUAGAAGACAAAUAAUUGCUUUAGUUGAAUCUGUAAAGUUAAUAUAAGUUUAGAUUAGGAGAUACAACAAUAGGACCCGCUAGGUUCAAAACAGAAACAAUAUUAGAACUCAAAACAUUUUUUCCCAAUAAACUGGAGAUGCUGCAAGGUAGAAUUAGUAGGAGGGAAUUUUUUGCCAUGGGGGAAUGAUAUAACACCAACAACUCUAAGUGAAUAGAAUAUUCCCUAUAUAUUCAGAAGCAAGGCCACCUAGACUGUUGCACAUGAUCCUUAGAUUUUGAAAUAAAAAAUAAGAAUCAUGAUUUUCAGGGGAAAAAAUAUGUUGUCACAAGAAAAAAAGAUGUUGUCUUCAAGAAAGACAGAAUAUCGCCACCCUUUUUCUAGAAAGAUGCAAUGUGAGAAAAGCAACAUAGUCAUCUGCCAUAAAAAUGACAGAUGCCAUUUUUCUAUUGUACAUUCUCUUAAGGAGAUCAUGAUGGAUAAGCCUAGACAUACUUUUUGGGCACAUUGUUUUCUCUAUUUCUCUUUUCUGCUAUGCUGUACAAAACUCUCCAAAUAUGGAUUAAUAAUUAACAAUUUAGAACUAUUCAAAAACCACUAUAUUUUCCAUUUUGCCAAAUGAUAUUGUUACAUAUCUGUCUCCUAUUACAUUUUCCUUGUAUUAUACUCAUCCCAUACAUAUUCCUUGAACAUUUGGGUUGGAUUGGAAAAAAGCCCAUUUUCAACUGUGUAAUAGGUCUCUUUACCAAUAGGACAUGUACAGUAUUUUUCUAGUUUGAAAUAAAAUUAAAAUGAAAGACAAACAUUUUGAUUUUUCUAAACAUGACUUUACAAACAUAGUUUCACAAAUAGCCAUAAAAUAUUUCAUCUGAAGUAAGCUGAGGCAAGUAAUAUUUUUGUCUAAGCAAUUUG